CCAAGGAAGUGCUCCCUCUGCCGGCAUCCUCAGCCAGCUCCAGAAUCUGAGCUCCCUGGAUCCCGUUAGUGUCAAUUUCCUUUCUACAGCGUCAGAGGGAGGCUGGCACAGAGAGGGCAGUUAGUCACCGUGCCACCCCACUCCCCCAUUCGCCAGGCGGAAGCACUGCCAAAUGAACAGAGCACCCAGAGCUCCACGGAGCAAAGUCUAGGGCCCAGAGCAGCGAGGAAGCCGAUCCCCCACCUGUCCCAAAUCCUGAUCCGGGCUGUGCCAGGGAAUGCCAGGGCUGUAAGGGCAGGGUUGCUGCAUAUCAGGCCGGAACGGGGUACAAGCCAGGCACGGGAACAGGGGCCGGGACUGCACAGCGCCAGACCCAAGGUUCGCAGUGCCCCCUAGAAGGGCUAGCCAAGUCGGUCCCAGCUAGACCACAGAGGGGACGCUGCUGCAGGGAGGCUCCUGAGCUGCCUUCUCCAAGGGAACACAGGAAAGGAGUCAGGACAAAGCCCUGGCCGGCUGAUCGGGUCUAAAUGUGGACGAGGCCUGAGGAGCUGGGGUUCACAGAGCUGCAGGGUGGCCAGGGGUGCAUGGCGCCCUGGGAGGGGGCGAAGGGGUCGGUCCUGACCGCGACAGGUGCACGGCUGGGGCCAGGUCAGCGCUGCACCGUGCCAGGGGAGGUCAGGGGCCGGUCGGGGUGGGGGGGCGUCAGGCCACACCUUUGCAGUCGCCACCACCCAGCCCGAGCCCCAGGCCGCCCAGGAUGGUCUCGGACUGGCCGUCGCUGUAAACGAAGGCUGUGUCUAUCUCGGUGUGGCCGCGCUCCAGGAAGGCGCGCACGGCCGCGGCGCUGGCGGGCGCGUCCAAGCUGGUCCCCAUCCCCAUAGCGCCCAGUACGGUGGCGGGUCGGAUCCCGGCGCCCGAGGCGGCCCGCGGCGUAGACAGCAGCCGGGACAUGGCGGCAGCAAGACACUCGGACAGCACGGGAGACGGCUCAGCAGUCAGCAAGAAGUUGAGGGGGGAAGUUGGUCUCCUUUUCACCAAUUGCACUAAGGAGGAAGUGAACGAGUGGUUCACGAAAUACACAGAGAUGGACUAUGCCCGAGCUGGGAACAAAGCAACUUUCACUGUGAGCCUGGAGCCGGGGCCCCUGGAGCAGUUCCCCCACUCCAUGGAGCCACAGCUGAGGCAGCUGGGCCUGCCCACUGCCCUCCAGAGAGGGGUGGUGACCCUGCUGUCUGACUACGAGGUGUGCAAGGAGGGCGACGUGCUGACCCCAGAGCAGGCCCGGGUCCUGAAGCUUUUUGGGUAUGAGAUGGCCGAAUUCAAGGUGACCAUCAAAUACAUGUGGGAUGCACAGUCUGGAAGGCUCCAACAGAUGGGAGAUGAGUUGCCAGAGAGCGCCUCCGAGUCAGAAGAAGAAUCAGAGGAAGAAGAUGACGGCUGAUGGGACUGGGGACCAAGGGGCUCCCAGCCAAUCCAAGCGCCAUGUCGCCUGGACCCCGGGACCGCCGCCCUUCCCGGGGGACAGCAGUCAUUUUGCUGUGGAUCAAGACAAGGGAGGGCGAUAGGGACAGACUGUUGUUCUAUAAAGAAUAAAACUGUCACCAGGGUGUCUCCCUGUAGACAGCAAAA